ACAAGAAAUAAACAAUAAAUAAAUAAUAAGCAAAGUUAAAGUUGAGUUUAUGAAACUAAAAAUGAUUUUAUGGGAAACAAAUGAAAGUUUUUUUGUUAUAGGAGUUUUUAAUGUGUUUAUAUGUUUUGUGUGUGAAAUGUCAACAGGUGGCGCUGAAGGAUCUCUGCAGUGGUUCUUUAUGUUUGAGUUCAGGAGCUUAAACUCUCACAAACUCAUUGUCUGAAUGAGAGAAACAUCAUCAUCAUCAUCAUCAUCCAUCAAAGCAAAGUCUGAACCCUGACUGAAGGUCUCAUCAUCUCUUAUAAUGAAACUUUCAUUGAUUUUUACAAACCGCGAUGAUGAAGAGAGAUCGUCAGAAAUAAGCGACUGUAUGUUUAAGUUUUAGUCAUUGCGUGAAGAUAAAGUUAAUAAUGUUCUGGCGUUAUGGAAAUAAAGUCUACAGUAGUUUUAUCAGAAGAAGAUCGUGAGGAUGAAGAUGAUGUUGUUGUGUUUGUGGAGUUGAUGUUAUCUGGUGGAUCACCGUGGGGUUUUACUGUCAGAGGAGGACUCGAGUAUCAUGAACCUCUCAUCAUAACAAAGGUGGAGGAUGGAAGUCGAGCAGCGCUGGGCCGACUCCAGAUCGGUGAUGAGAUCAUCAGCGUUAACUCAGUUCUUCUCAGCGGUUACAGACAGGAGGCGAUUGGUCUGGUCAAACGCUCUUAUAAGAAUCUCUAUCUGGGUAUUAAACGAAGGAAUGACUCUUCAUGUAGGCCCCAAUCUUGGCAAUCCAAAUCCACAGAAAACCUCAACACAGAUAUUCCAAAAUCUGAAGCCGACCCUGCAGCAGAAUCUUCUUGGCAGACAAAAUAUGAUGCAGGUUCACACGCCAAAGACUACACCAGCUGUUGGGGACAGGCAAAUCUUCGACAAGUAUCCUGUCAGUUCAGCUCAGUGGGAAAUAUGGAAAGUGUAGAGCCUUUACCUCACGCUUUCUCAAAAGAAUCACAGUCGGACAAGCCCAAGGCCGGAGCGGACAACCCAGUGGUUGAGAGGGGUCUCGGCAAACCUACGUCUGCUUAUAGUGCAUUAUUGUCAGGCAAAACUGAUCACGAUACGCCUCGGGGUAUGACCUCCACAGAAAGCAUGUUUUACAGAGGCAGUCCAAAUGAACUAGGAGUUACCAGUGACUGUCAUAGAUACCUGCAGAUUCCCAUGAGUACAGGGGGACGUGUGAGUCCCAGCAUGGAGGAGCACACUGGCUUUAAAUUCUCCCCAACUGGGAGAUCAAACCUUGGGCCUGUGUGGCAUGUUCCUGAAAAGAAGCUUUCAACUGCUCAGGAUCCUCUUGCACCUCCUCCUCCAUUGCGUAGUGAUAGUUUCACUGCGACCAGAGUUCAUGAGAAAAGCUUGGUGGGAACUUUCCCUGAAGGACGUUCUGUAUAUUCACAACAGAAACCUCACUGCAGAUCUGCAGACCAACAGUUUGAAAAUAUCCACACCAAUGAAAGAGGACGUGAAGCACGGCAUACUUAUAACCCACCUCCAAAAAAAGACUCUCUUCAUCCAUAUCGAUCAGUUGAGGACUACAACCCAAAUCAGCUAAACCCUAACAAACUAUUGUCCCUCUCAAGCACCGAUGUAAGGCAAGGUCAGAACCCGUUUACAUACGAGGUUCUGCAUCAGAGACAGCAUAGUGAUGAGAGUCCCUUUUCAGUGUACCCCAGUACAGCAUGCCCAUCAAAGACUCAGAGUGUUGGGAACUACUACCGAAGUCUUCAACAUUUGCCAACCAAUUCAGGCAAUCGAAACCAAUCAAGAACCUCAACAGCCUUUGACCACAACCAUGAAGGCCAGGCUCACUUCCGUUACUACUGCAUCACUGCCCAGCAGCCAUCCCUAGAAUCCUCUACUAUAUCACAGGGAUUGAAGGGAGAUGAAAGGAGGACAGAAGCAGGGAGCACCCAGAGUGCCACAGAUAGAAGCUUUGUUGGUUCUCAAAAGGUUAUUAAGACAACGUGUCCCCAACCUUACCUUACUUUGACUGAGAACAAGGGCUCUAGUGGUUGCAACAAACAGACCGUAAGUCAUUCUCCAACUAUAGCUACAUGUCCUGGACCAAAAUAUGUAAUUUCAAAGUCCAGUUCUGGAGAGAGAGCGAGAGAUAAAGAUGAAAAGAAUAAAAAUGGGAUCGGUAAGCAGGAGGUCUUCAUGCAUGAGCCAAACCACCAGAGAGAGCAGAAAAAAACCAUCUCCACUCAUCACCAAGACAGUCCUUGGAUCAGCAAGCAGGAGGAGAAAAUCUGUCCACAUAAGACCCCCUUGUUAUACUCUUUGACCCAGGAGAGCAAGAAGAUGGCAGAGAAAUCUUUAGUAACAGCCAAAGGAGGAGUCUGUCAAGAGUCUGUCACUGGUGGCAAGCUAGAAAGACGAAGUGACCGCUAUGCCACCACUUUACGCAAUGAGAUCCAACAAAAGAAAGCCCAGCUGCAAAAAAGCAGAAGUGCAGCUAACUUGAUCUGCUCAAAUGAAAUUGAAGAGGACUCUGUUGUCUGGAAGUCCAAUGAGACUUCUACAUCCUCAUCUGAUGGUUCUUUUACCAACACAUACAAGGAUCAUCUAAAGGAAGCCCAAGCCAAAGUCCUGAAGGCUACAUCUUUUAUGAGGAAAGACUUGGAACUUUCUGGGAAUGAAACUUCAACAGGCCAACCUCCAAAAAACCUUGGGUCUGUUCAUGGCCAGCUCACCCGUAUUGGCGGACGUAAACGGUUUUCUAUGGAUAAGAAAAUGCGUUCUUUCUCUGAACCAGAGAAAAUCAAUGAAGUAGGAGUUGAAGAUAAGGCAGUUGGGUCCUUUGUGGAUCGUUAUAAAUUCUUUGAGGGUUCUUGCAAACCGAAUUUCCAAAAGCCCAUUCUCAAGCAGUCUCUACUCAGUCCCAGGGAAGACCACAAUGAGAGAAAGACCACACUAACAAGGGACAAUGAGAGGAUCUCUACAGCUUCAUUUAAACAGAGUAAAUCAAACGAUUCUUACCUUAAUAUUCAAGAGCAACAACGACUUGGGACAUUUGCUGAAUAUGAGGCUACGUGGAACAUGCAGAAGAACCCACUAGAAAGAAGAACCACAGGCAGAUAUCACUCAGCUGAAAACAUUCUGGAUUCAGGCAUGGAAGAGUCUAGCGGCACAAUGUGCGUUCAUGAAAGAUCUCGAUCUUCUCCAUGUGCUGACAUUCAUUCUGAGAAAAUCUCACUGCCACCCACCCUGAAUGCUCUGGAAUCUCCAUCUGAACACAAGGACCAGAAGGAGAGUUAUGUCUCAAGGAAACAGGGCCCAUUUAGCAUCUCUGAGCCAGUCACCCUGAGCACUCUAAAAAAUGAAGCUGUGGACGCUCUUCAUUCAUCCAACCAAAGACUCAGACCUGAUUCCAGAGAGCUAACACGUCUAUCCUCACAUCAUCUUCAGGUUCCUGUUUCUGAGCAGAAAGUUCCAAAAAAUAAGGGGCCUGAACCACAGACGUCCAAGCCGGACACUCCGACACAUCUGGAGAUCCCAUGUCCUGCGAGAACCACACAGGCAGUGCAACCCAGUGCACAGGGGAUCUCAGCGGUGAGGUUUAGACCCGCUUCCCCUGAGCCAACUCAAACCCCCCAAUUGUUUUGUUCUUCACUUUACCGUACAGAACCAUUGGAAAGAGAAAUGUGCCUGACUACAGUACCAGAGGACGGUCAGAAAUCAGAAAGCCGGGAAGCUGUUUUAGGUCAUUCCUCAAUGUCUCCCCAACAGAACCUUGACCUGAGCAAAAGCUCAUCUAAUAGAAAAUGCUCCCCGUCUCCUCUGUUAUGUCUAGAGAGUCUAACAGAUGAACCACCUGUGCAGAAAACAGAUUCACACAGUUGUAAGUUGAAGGAAACAUCAAAGAAGAGCCCUGCUAAGCAGAUUGUGGCCAUACAGAUCUUCUGUGCAGAAAAUGAUUCAGAGAAGGAAAGCAGAAACUAUCUGCGACAUGGUGAAGCAUCAGGAGGACAUGAGGUGUCCACAACAUCCCGAAUGAAGAACAGCAAAAAAGAGCAGAGUUCCUCAGAAAAACAAAUCAAUGAUGAGACAGAAUCACUUGACACAGAGCCGAUGAGGACCAGUGACUCACCUGAACAUUCUGCGGAGGACCUGAAACGAGAAGAACUGGCCAGAGACAUCAUGGGGAAAGACAAGAGUCUUGUGGACAUCUUGGAUCAAAGUAAGAUGAAGACUACCAUGGAUCUGAUGGAGGGGAUCUUUCCUCAUGGUGAGCAGCUUCUGGAAGGAGCACAGCAGAGGAAGAAAUCCACAGCCAAACAGACAGAUACAAAAAACACACUACAGAGGGUGGAGGAGAGUUUGACUUCUUCUGUGACAUUACUGAGCAGUUCAUCAUACUACAGCACAUCUGCACCUAAAGCCGAGCUGCUCAUCAAGAUGAAGGAUAUGCAAGAACAUCUGAAUCAGCAAGACUCGGAUGAUGAUCUCGACUUGAAUCUCUCCAAUAAAAAGCAAGAGUUGAUGGUCAGUUUAAGCAGGAAGCUGCAGGUGUUGCGUGAGGCGAGGGCGAGUCUACAGGAGGACAUUCAGGAUAAUAACGUUCUGGGUGAGGAGGUGGAGGCCACCGUGCGCUCCGUCUGCAGACCCAAUGAACUGGAGAAGUUCUGCAUGUUUGUGGGAGAUCUGGAUAAAGUGGUGAGUCUCCUGCUGUCGCUGUCGGGCAGACUGGCACGUGUGGAGAACGCUCUGGAUUACCUGGACGAUGGGACGUCAGCUGAUGAGAAGCAAACUUUGAUGGAGAAGCGCAAACUGCUGAUUCGUCAACAUGAAGAUGCUAAAGAGCUGAAGGAGAACUUGGACCGAAGAGAACGUCUGGUGUAUGACAUUCUUACUGGUUAUCUCAGUGAGGAACAUCUCGCAGACUAUCAGUAUUUCGUGAAAAUGAAGUCAGCGCUCAUCAUUGAGCAAAGGAAACUAGAAGACAAGAUCAAACUGGGUGAGGAACAGCUCAAAUGUCUGAAAGACAGUCUACCGCUGGACCAGAGACUGCUGUACUGAUCCGUUCUGAACCAGACUACACUCUGGUAAACCUUACUGAUCUGUAUUGAACCAGACUACACCCUGGUAAACCGUACUGAUCUGUACUGAACCAGACUACACUCUGGUAAACCAAACUGAUCUGUACUGAACCAGACUAGACCCUGGUAAAUCGGACUGAUCCGUAUUUAACCGGACUACAUGCUGGUAACCGUACUGAUUUUUUACUGAACCAGACUACACUCUGGUAAACCAUGAUGAAGCAAUGUUACACUAUGAUAUCUCUUUUGAUGUAUACGCUGUUCUCUAACAGGUAGUGUUUUCUAUCUGCUUUUAGUAUUGAUUCAGUUUCUGAUUGUUUGAAUUUUCUUCAUUGUUUUUUGGUUUUCUUUAAAUAUACAGAAUCAUGUGAUGAUCUUUGAGAUUUCAGGGAUAUUUAUUGAAUGAAGGCUCAAGUCUGUGAGUUUAACUGUAUAUAAACUAGGGCUGUCAAAAGAUUCAUCGCAAUUAAUUGCAUACAGUUUAAAAGUUGUGAAUAAAUGUUAAAUUAUUUUGUGACAGAAUGACUGAAGUGCUGAUAACUGAGACACUAGAAGUGUUUAGAUCAACAGUGCUUACUAUUGUUCUUAACUAGCAGUACAUACAGUAGAUUUAUAUUGAGUCUGAUCUAGACUGAAACGUUUUCAGCUGGUUCACUCUUUUUAGUCUUUUUCUUACAUAUUUUUUAGAAACGUUUCACAAAUAUUUUGCAUUACGAUAAAAACCCUCAUUACACUUUUAUUUUUUCUGUAUGUGUCAUUGUGAUUUCCAAAAACAAUGAUUGUCUUAUUGUCAUAUAUUCUGUCAUUUUAUGAUGUUGACAGUAAGUCAAUCAUUUACAGAGAUAUAUCACAACAUUAUUAAUACACCAUGUUUGUGUGUAUGAGAGAGAGAGAGGAAGUCGAGUUUUUCCUGUUUCCAGUAGAUGAAUAAACCCACAUGAGUGACUUACACACUGGAGAAACUAACAUCUGCUCAUAUGGUAAUUUUAUUUUCAUUUAUGUGACUUUAUUAAAUGUGAUGAUUAUUAUUAUUAGUCUGACAACAUUUCGAUUUUUGAAUGAUGAUGUAUGAAAACAUUUCUUUUAAUACAUUACUGGAGGACUGUAAACAUGAAUGCAUGAAUAAAGUAAUGAUACAUGAUUUGAAUAAAACACAGUAAUGUGA